CGGGAAGCGGAGGUCUCGUGCCCGGCAGGUGCUGAGGAGCAGCAGCAAGGUCUCCACUAUGCCUGGAAUGGUGAUGUUUGGAAGGCGCUGGGCAAUAGGCAGCGAUGACUUUGUCUUCCCGGGAGCCUUUGAGCUUUUCAUCAGGGUAAUCUGGUGGAUUGGAAUUCUGAUUUUGUAUUUGAUCCACAAAGGACGCUUUAAUUGUGCUGGAGGAGGUUUGCUGCACAACUACGUCCUUGUUCUCCUGAUUCUCCUGGUGGCGAUCAUAUGUGUGUUAGUCUCCAUUGUGUAUUUAAGCAUGCAAGGAACCAUUUCCAAUCCGGGGCCAAGAAAAUCUCUUCCUAAAUUGCUCUACUUGCGUUUGGCCCUUUACUUGCCAGAGCUCAUUUGGGCGGUUGUGGGAAUAAUAUGGGUAUCAGACCAUGGAGUAAAUUGCGAAAGGACUAUGAUAAAUGCCAUUUAUGGAACAGUCAUUGCCAGCUGGAUUAUCAUUAUCUUCACUGUUGUGGCCAUUGUUAUUGUCUUUGAUCCGCUGGGCGGGAGGCAGAGAGUAUAUGUGGUUGACACUGCCUGUCGCAACCUAGAGAGCAGCCAGUCGGAGCAGCUGUUCUAUAACGUCAAGAAGACGGCGACCCGGGUGUGGGAGAAGCGAAUCCGCUUGCUUUGCUGCUGCAUCGUGCAAAAUGAUGACCACCGGGUGGCUUUUACCAGCAUUGCAGAGCUUUUCCGGGCCUACUUCUCGGACACCGAUUUAGUGCCUAGCGAUGUUGCUGCAGGCCUGAUUCUGCUACACCAAGAGCAAGACAUGGUGGAAAAUUGUCCCAAAGAUCCAGAAGAAGUUGUCACUGAGUCGCAGUUAUCUCCUAUGACAAACGAUUUGGAUGAAGAAUUAGAAAAUGCUGCUCAUUAUAUGAAGUUUGCUGCAGCAGCUUAUGGCUGGCCCUACUACGUAUUAGCAAAUCCGUUUACAGCCCUCUGUAAGAUCAAUGGGGACUGUUGUAGAAGGAGCCCAACAGAGACAGACAUAGUUGGAGGUGACCAUCUGAACAUGCAUUUGGGAACCAUCUUAAAAAUAACGGGGCUGCAGUACAGAGACAUCAUUCACAUCAGCUUUCACAAUAAAAUUUUCGAAAUACCAUUCUUUGUCGCCCUUGAUCACAAAAAAGAAGCGAUCGUCGUAGCUGUGAGGGGAACCUUGUCGUUUGAGGAUAUUCUCACAGAUCUCUCGGCAGAUUGCGAACACUUAACUCUGGAAGAUGUCCUUGAAAAUGGUCUUGUGCAUAAGGGUAUAACUCAGGCUGCUAACUAUAUUUACCGACGCCUAACCAAUGGUGGGAUUUUGAGCCAAGCCUUCACCAUCGCUCCGGAAUAUAAACUGGUUGUUGUGGGACACAGCUUAGGUGGGGGAACAGCCUCCAUAUUGGCCAUCAUGCUAAGAAAUGCCUUCCCAACCCUAAGAUGCUAUGCCUUCUCUCCGCCAGGGGGAUUAUUAAGUAAAUCACUCGCCGAAUAUACUAAGCAGUUUAUCGUGUCUGUCAUUGUUGGCAAGGAUUUUGUUGCAAGGUUAAGUAUGCCCAACAUGGAAGAUCUGAAGAGAAGGAUCAUCAGAAUAGUUGCCAACUGUAAUAAACCCAAGUACCAGAUCCUCUUGCACGGAUGCUGGUAUGAAGUGUUUGGAGGAGAACCCGAUAAUUUCCCUACAGAGCUGGAUGGCAGAAACCAAGAUGCUUUAGCUCAGCCUCUCCUCGCUGAAGAGAACUUAAUGGUGCAUCGGUCACCUUCUUAUAAUACUCUAGACGACAACUCACCUUUAAGUUCUCCUCCUCAGUAUCCUCAUCUCUUUCUUCCUGGGAAAAUCAUCCAUAUUGUAGAGGAAAAGAGCACAAGCAGGUGGUGCUCGUCAGAUGUGCAGUAUACUGCAGGCUGGUCAAAAGAAACUGCCUUUGGUAACAUUUUAAUAAGCCCCAAGAUGAUAACAGAUCAUUUGCCAGAAAUGGUCCUAACAGCUCUAAACAACUUGGUCCAAGCAAAUGCACCUUGCCUUUCCUGUGGAGCACCUGGAGACUCUUCCACAAAUAUCGUGUAGUCACCACCCUGGAAAGACAGCAGAGUAGCUUCCCUUCUCGAAUGUUCAGGAGAGAAGCCCUUUUGCCUGCAGCAGAAACUGGGGCGUGGUCAUUGUAAUUUCCUGGAUGAACACGCACUUCGGACUGCGAUGAUCCUUUUGGGCUACUUGAGUUACUGGACCAUUGUUUUAAAGGUGAGCAGCAGACGCCAAGUCAACCAGUCAUGGAUUUUAACCAAUUGUUUUAAAGGCUCUGCAAAUGCAGCUGGAACUGAGAACUUGACUGAGGAGAACAUUGGCUAGAGGGCAACCAUAAAAGUACAUGUUACUUGUACCUCUGCCACUUACAUGCCCUCACAUCGACGUUUCUCAUAGCGUAGCUGGGCAUACCUUCUGCAGGUUUAUCAGUGUUUAUGGACUUUCAGAAGCAAAAAAAGAAAACAGAACAAUGGAAAUUACAUUUAAAACCUCCACAACAUCUAUUUGGAUAUACAAAGAUGGUACCCAAGAGGUGAGCUGGACUUCACAUCUUAUGUUGCACUACUGAUUAUCAUUGGGUAUGUCUUGGUUUUCUUUCCUAUUGGAGGUAGCAUGUGUUUUAGGUAACUUUUAUAGGCAUAAAUGCAGCUUGGAUACAUGUGCAAUACUUACCUACUGUUGUUUACAAUUCUUGAACCCCGCUGAAUGUGUAUUUACAGAAGGGUUAACGUUCCCCUUUAAGAUUACAGUAUGAAUUUACUCUGCCCUUUCUACAUUAAGAGACCACUGAAGCAUCACAUGGAAAUGGCUGCAUAUCAGAAGCGUCUAAAAAAACCUUUCUGUGAUUUUGUAAAGUUAAAUUAAUUGAGCGGCAACGAGCACCAGAAUGUAUGUUUACUGAACACGAGUCCUUGUAAUACCAUUUUCUGAUGGUAGUGCUUGUACGGUACUGUUUUGUGUCUGUUCAUAGGACUUAGAAAGGGAGACAAAGUGUUUUCAAUGCAUUAUAUUCUGUUUUACCAGUGUUGACACAGGCCAGAGUCAAUUCGCAUGUUAUAAAAAACAAACCUAGUCUUUUGUUCUGGAAAUAAUUGGCUCCCUCCCACCUGGCCGCUCCUUUCUGCCCUUGUUAGAAAGCUCUUAGUCACACAAGGAAGGGUUUGCGCUGUCCCAGUUUCAGAAAGGCCAAUUGUUAACAAUUUUCAAUCUGUCAGCAUGAGGUGUGAGUCUAAAAAGACAUGAAUCACAGGGUGGGAGAGUGCGUUCCCUUAAAAAGACGCAUUUAUAUAAGAUUAAGCGCUUUCCUGUUCUAUCACUAGCAAAACAUCUGUUCUACCUUCCCCUCUCCCAGUCAAUCAGUGUUGCAUGGCCCCUGUGCAUAUGGGUGGUGCAGUGAGCGCACUGAUUGCCCAGUGCUGGGGCGCACUGAAGUGUAAGGUUUCUUUAUUGAUUUCAACAUUUUUCCUUCCCAUGAGAGCCAGUGUGGCACAGUGGUUGGAGUGGGGAUUUGGGGGCUUCAGGUUUCUGUUCCCUCUCUGUUAUGGAGCUUGGUGGGUCACUUUGGGUCAGUUGUGGGGCUGCUGUUGUGAGGAUAAAAUGGAGAGGCAGAUAUGUCACCUGCCUGGACUUCCCUGAAUGGAAAAAAGUGGGAUUAGAACAAGUAAGUUUUGAGAGCAGUAUACAAACUGGUAGUGAACAAAUUACAGUACACACAGGACCCAGUACGAUUGUGCAUGUGCACAAGAGCCAGAAUGACGAGUGUGCUUUCUUAAACAACUGUCAAUUGAGGUGAAUAAAUCAAGGAUGCUUCUGCUACAUUA